CGAGGCUACUUUCUUUCCUCGUCGACCACAACGACGACAUUCCCUUUUCUGUCGGAUCUUCAGCCUCUGUCACUACUCGUUUGGUCUCACUACGCGUCACAAUGCUCUCCCAGAAGGUUGCCCAGCAGUCGCUGCGACGGCUCGCCGUCCAGCAGCCCUACGCUCUGCGCUGGUCUUUGAUGAACUCGGUCUCGCCUGCCGCCGUUGCUCUCGGAAGAAACGUUCAGAUGAGACAAGCUACCACCAGCACGACCACUUCCGACCCCAACAAGCUCCUUGCUGAGCAGCGUCUGCGCCGCCCCGUUUCUCCCCACCUUUCCAUCUACAAGCCCCAAAUCACCUGGAUCGGCAGUAGUUUGCACCGUAUCACCGGUAUCGCUCUGUCCGGCGGUCUCUACCUCUAUGCGACUGCCUAUCUCGCCUCUCCCAUGCUGGGCUUGGAUCUCGGCUCUGCCUCCGCCGUUGCCGCUUUCGGUGCUCUCCCUGUCCUCGCCAAGGUCGCCCUCAAGUUCACUAUGGCCAUGCCCUUCACCUACCACUGCAUGAACGGUCUUCGCCACUUGAUCUGGGAUACUGGCCGCGGUCUCACCAACCCCCAGGUCAUCAAGACCGGCUGGACUGUGGUUGGCCUGAGUACGAUUAGCGCUCUUGUUCUUGCUUUCCUGUGAUUCGAUUGUGCCAUACCUUUUGAUUCCUGUUCUUUCUAAAAUGUUCUUCUUGCAAUAUAUUCAAUAGCCAGUCAAUG